AUGGCCUCAAAGCUCAUACGUCUGAUCGGGCUCAUAGGAGCUUUUGCCCCCGCCUUAGGGGUCUCUAUUAAAGGACUUCGUCAGAUAUCCCCUCCGUUAUCGUCGAGAAUCAUCGCCAGGAUGAAUCAAUCUGAUGCCUUCGUCGAAAAUAUUGCUGUCCGCAGUAACGGUGACCUUGUCGUGACGCUCCUUAAUCCGUCGGCCUCGGUCUAUACAGUGAAGGAGCCAUAUACUGAUUAUCCGAUUAUGUCCCUCGUUCACACAUUUGACGGUGCCAACGGUACAAUUGGGAUUUCCGAGACGAGUCCCGAUACGUUCGUCGUCGUAGCGGCACUCAUCCAGGACGCUGCGAGGCCCCUGCCGAAUACAACGUCGCUAUGGGAACUGAAGCUAGGCGACGGAGAUCAGCAGGCUACUGCUCGUAGAAUGGUCCACAUUCCCGAAGCAGGCUUAAUAAACGGGAUCAUCUCCGUACCGGACAGCGACUCUAUCAUCUUGGCUGCGGAUAGCCAACUUGGUGUUAUUUUCCGAGUUGACGUCGCAACUAGCGAAUACGAAGUUAUACUUGAUACCCCCGAGCUGAAAUUUACUCCCGGGGCAAGUAUCCAACUCGGUGUCAAUGGCUUAAAGGGUAUGUGA